UCCCUCCUCACUACCUUCCUCUCUGGUUUCUAUCGAAAGUUGCAACACUUUAAUUCAUAAAAUUGAACACUAAACAACUUACUAGUUUUGAACACUAAAUAAACUGUUCUGAAACUAAACCAAAAAAUAAAAAUAAAAAUGAUGGCGUUUGUGAAUUCCAGUACAGCGUUGAAGAAACAGGUUUUUCCAAUUGACUUCGAAACAGAGAUGUCACAGCAUCUAAUAGACGCCGUUCAUCACGGUGAUAACGAAACUGCAAUGGAAUGUGUAGCGAAUCGUUUGGUGGAUGUUAACUUCAUUGGAACGGUGUCGUUGAAGUCUAAAACGACGGAGAUCGUGCUUCAAGAUGAGUCACCUCACCGAGUUAACUCGGUGUAUGAGGAGUUUAAAACUGAGGUUACUGCUCUGUUUUUGGCUGCACAUUCUGGAAAUUUGAUGCUACUUCGUAAGUUACUGAAUGUGGGAGCUAAUGUAAAUCUGAGAUUGUUCCGAGGCUAUGCUACAACAGCAGCAGUGAGAGAAGGGCACCUGAAAGUGUUGGAGGUCCUUAUCAAUGGUGGGGCGUCACAACUUGCAUGUGAGGAGGCUUUACUUGAAGCAAGCUACGUCGGACAAGCCAGAUUUGCUGAGUUACUCAUGCAGUCCAACAUGAUCCGUCCUCGUGUUGCAAUUCAUGCCCUUGUCUCUGCUUGUUGUAGAGGCUUCAUUGAGGUUGUUGAUGUACUCAUCAAGCAUGGAGUUGAUGCCAAUGCAAUAGAUAGGACUCUGCUUCAAUCUUCAAAGCCAUUUCUUCACGCUAAUGUUGAUUGCAAUGCAUUAUUUGCUGCUGUGGUCAGCAGACAAAUUAAUGUUGUUAGAUUGUUGUUGCAGGUUGGUGUAAAACUUGAUAUCAAUGUUAAAUUAGGGGCUUGGUCUUGGGAUACAGAUACAGGAGAAGAAUUUCGUGUAGGUGUUGGACUAGGUGAAGCUUAUCCAAUCACAUGGUGUGCUGUGGAGUAUUUUGAAUCUACUGGUUCUAUACUUCAUAUGUUACUCUUUCAUCUCCGACCUAAUAGUUUUCACAUUGGAAGGACUCUCUUACACCAUGCCAUAAUAUGUAACAAUGAAAGAGCAGUGAACAUACUUCUAAAUAAUGAAGUGGAUACAGAACUAGUAGUGAAAACUACUGAAGAAACAAAUAUACACCCUAUUCACAUCGCAUCCCGACUUGGAUCAUACAACAUUCUUCAGUGUUUGAUUAAUAAUGGUAGGUGUAACUUGGACUCUCGAACAAAAUCUGGUGAUACAGCAUUGAUGAUUUGUACUAGGUAUAAACAUGAGAAAUGUCUUAGAGUGUUGGUAUCAGAAGGUGCUGAUUUGGGGUUAGUGAAUUCAAUUGGUCAUUGUGCAACUUCAAUAGCAAAUUCUAUUCAGUGGAAUGAAGUUUAUCAGAAAACAAUUUUGGAUAUAAUUAGAUCAGGAAAAAGUGUUAAAUCAAGCAAUGGUUCUAGAUUUUCAUCUUUGUUAUUUGUCACACGUGCAAAUGACAUAGAGGCUUUGAAAAAACUCACUGAAAAGAAGAACAUAAAUAUAAAUGAACAAAAUGCUAAUGGAUUAUCAGCUGCAAUGAUAGCUUCUGCAGGGGGUAAUGUGGAAGCUUUCAAGUUGCUUCUUCAUGCUGGAGCUGAUGUGAUUAAUCUUAAAAACAAAUAUGGUUUAACAGCUCUUAAUUUCAUUGACAUGAACCAAAAUAGUGAAAUUUUUCGUAAGGUGAUGUUUGAAUAUUAUGCAGUUAAAAAGGGUUAUUGCAAUUUUAGUUCAAUUGAUGUGAAUCCUCUUCACCGUGCAGCUUGUUAUGGUGACAUACACAUUGUUGAAAAGUUAUUAAAAGAAGGGUAUGAUGUGAAUGGUUUUGAUGAACAUGGAUACACACCGUUGAUGUUAGCAGCAAGAAAAAACUGUGGAGAAAUGUGUAAGCUUUUGAUAUCUUAUGGAGCAAAAUGUGAAAUUGAAAAUGAGAGACACGAAACAGCUCUUUUACUAGCAAGAGAAAACGUGAAAGGAAAUUAUGCAGAACGUGUGAUAACAGAUGAGGUAGCUAGAAGAGUUGUGUUGUGUGGUGCAAGUGUGAAGAAACAUACAAAGUGUGGUAAAGGAUCAUUUCAUACUAAGAAACUUGUAAUGGUUGGUGCUGCUGGAAUUUUACGUUGGGGGAAAUCAAAUAAGAGAAAUAUUGUCUGUAAAGUGGCUGAGGUUGGACCAAGUGAAAAAUUUCGAUGGAACCGUAGGAAGAAGUUUGAUGUUGAUGAGGCUGGAAUGUUUCAUGUUGUUUCCUCUAAAAAUAAGGAGGUGCAUUUUGUUUGUGAAGGUGGGGUUGAAAUGGCUAAAUUGUGGGUUAGGGGGAUUAGAUUAGUUACAAGUGAAGCCAUUUUUGGAUCUAGAGCUAAUACAAGCUGAGGGACCAUUGGAUAAGGUUGGAGAAAUAGUUGUAGUCUCGUCUGGUGAUAUAUCAGUUCACUUUUGGUUUGAACAUAUACAUUAAUCUGAGUGUCCAUACUACACAUAUCAUAGUUGUGUAUAAUUGACUAUCUUUAUUGUAGAUUUUAAUUUUGUUAA